GUCAUACACAGACCCGCUUCUGCAUUACAAGAACUGCUGGAAAAUAGCCUCGACGCCGGAUCCACUUCGAUUCAAGUCACCGUCAAGGAUGGCAGUAUGAAGCUGCUUCAGAUUCAGGACAACGGCUGUGGCAUUUGUAAAGAGGACUUACCCUUGCUCGCUGAGCAUUUUACUACCUCCAAAUUGACCACCUUCUCUGACCUCUCCAAGCUGACUACUUACGGGUUCCGAGGGGAGGCUCUGGCAUCUAUAUCUCACGUCGCGCACGCAGCGCACUUGACGGUGAUCAUGAAGACCAAGUCAAGCAACUGUGCUUGGAAGGCUGCUUAUGUUGAUGGCGGUCUCGUCCUGUCGAAAGCGGGAUACACGCCAGACACGAAAGGUUGGUCUUGA